AUGACGCCCCGACUCCUCUCGCCGCGCUCGGCCUCACCUCCCGCCUUCGGCGCCGCCGCGCCUCCUGCACACGCCUCCCCCAGUCCCGCCGCCCGCCGCGGGCACUGCCCGAGCCCAGGAGCGCCUUUGUGCAGCGCCUCACCGACCUGCCCUCCGUCUGGGGCACCCGCACCCGGCUUCCUUACCGAGGGCCCGGUGGCCUUGCGGCGGGAGACCCCCUCCUUAGCCAGCACGGUGGGCGCGGAACACCUAGGCGAGCCUGGAGAGGGUUCACUCGGCCGAGGCGGCCGGCGCGUCCCUGCAGCCUGGUCUCUCAGGGAGGGGAGCAAGCUGAAUUCCAGGCUGGGUCAAGAAGCUAGGAUUGGCGUUCAACACUCUACUCAAAUGAGCUACUAGAUGACUAAGUCCAUCUGAGCCUGCAAAGUCAAAUUCUAGACAAUUUAUUUCAAAAUUAUAGGUCCCUUUGGGCUGGGGUUGUGGC